GUCCUUCACUCUCUGGUUGUCUCUCUAAGGACUUCCAGGCGCAGCCCAACACAUUCAUCUACGGACGCAGAGCCCUCUUUCUAACGCCCUUCUCUCUAUCGUGCGCGGAUUGAGAAUCACUCUUCUCUCUUUCUCUCUCUCUCUCUCUCUCUCUCUCUCUCUGACUCGUCCUCAGUCUGUUAAAGCCUCUCUCUGUCUCUCACUCUAUUCACUGGUUAGGUUUAGGGUUUUCGGUUUUCAGAAGAGAGACUCUUAUAUCUCGGUAAUGCUUCAGAAUCAAUUGAAUCAUCUGCCUCGAAACCCUCAAUGUACGGCGGCUCCCAGCAUAUGAACAUCUCUAAUCAGAUCUCCUCCGCUGGUGAGGACGACGCUUCCGCCUCUGCCGCCAGGGAAUCCAUCGACGCUGGUGCCCACUCCAGUCACAUUGCCUACGAGCAUCAUGCCCUUGAGGCCAUUGAGGACGUGGCACCUGAACCCCUCUAUGUUCACGGUGCUGCCGAGGGAUCGGAGAUAGUUAGCCGUCGAGUCGAGGGGUCCAGUCAGCUAACCCUAUCAUUUCGCGGCCAGGUCUACGUGUUUGAUGCUGUGACUCCCGAUAAGGUUGAAGCGGUGUUGUUACUGUUGGGUGGCUGUGGCGAUAUAUCUACAGGAUCACAGGGCAUGGAGGUGACACAGCAGAACCAGAGGGCUGUUGUAGACUUUCCUGGACGCUGUAGUCAGCCUCAGAGAGCAGCUUCAUUAAGCAGGUUCCGGCAAAAGAGAAAAGAGCGAUGCUUUGACAAAAAAGUCAGAUACAGUGUCCGGCAGGAAGUUGCCCUCAGGUAAGGUGAUUUAUUCCAGUUGGUAUAUCUUUUGAAUCUUGUUACUUUCAUGAACAAAAGUUGUUCCUUUUUGUGGAACUUAAAUUGUUAAUUAAUAGGAAUGAAGAAGUUAAUUUAGCAGCAUCGCUUGCAAGCUUGUUCUUGCAUUAUCAAGAGAGGGUGUUGGCCUUUUAUUGUCCUUGAGAAAUACUUCAUUUGGUCAGAGUAGUUUUUUGGUACAUUAUUGACAUAUAUUGACAUAAUGAAGCUAACUGGGCACCACGUUGGUUCAAGCAGUGAUAACCGUUUGAAAUGCUUGUGUUAGAAUAAAGUUUAUUGAGCAUUCAUUUUGGUCCAACAUGUACCUUUUCAUUUUCUUUUUUGUUUGUGAUGUUAUAUGUGCUGUCAGCUGCAUUAUAAGGGGUCAUGGAGCAGUUUCUUCAUAAUUGUAGACAAUUUGUGUACCUGCAGAAAAAAAGAUCCUAACAUCAUGAGACACGGAUCUGUACCUUACGAAAAGCAAGAUUGAAUACAAU